AUGACCAGCAAGAACAGCGUCGGCGCGCUGGAACUGGUGGCCGCCCCGGAUCACCCACUUCUGUGUCGGCCCGGCUCGCCACCAGCCUCCUGUGGGUCACCACCAGCCUCCUGUGGGUCACCGUCAGUCCCCUGUGGCUCCCCGCCCCCCUGCGGCUCCCCGCCGCCUCUCCACGGCUCGCCAAGACCCUGCCGCUCACCGAGUGUCGCUCCGGAGAUCGUGCUCGACCUGGGACACCUGGACGAGCCGUGUCGGCGCCACCACUCCCCAGCCUGCUCUGCCUGCCCCGUGCUGCCGACCUCUCCCCGGUCGCCGUGCUCGCCCAGCACUCCCGGCUCUCCCGGCUCUCCCGGCUCUCCGAGCGGGCGAGCGCCGCCUUCCUCCUCGACAGGCCUCCUGGAGGUGCCGCGCUUCUACCGUCUGCGGGCUCCGUCUCUGUCAACGAGUCCCUCGGAGCAGGACAUCUGCGGUAUCAGCGACGACAGUGUGGCGACCCACGACGAGCGACCGGCCUCGUCCGAGCGCCUGCUGUCGCCGGACAUAGCUAGCCCGGCGACGGUGCAGUCCAGGGGACCUCGCAGCCGUCUGCUGCGGGUCUCACGCAGUCUGCGGCGGGCGAGACCCUCCCUGAGGCUGCCAAGGAUCCUGCGCAGGAGAUCCAAGCACACGAUGGAUAACAACUACGACUACAUCUACACACUG